AAGGAGGGACGUGCGUGAACUUCAUCACCGCCGAUUGUUUGAAGAUAGCGAGGAAGAAACAUUCCGAUCGGGGAUUUAUUUGAUCGCGUAGGGUAGGCUAUCUGAAGAGGGGGAAAAACAAAAAGCAAAGAGGAAAAACUUCCCUAUCUAAAUGACUGGGGUUCAGUGAGAGAGCAAGAAAGAGAGAGCGAGAGAGCAAGAGAGAGAGCGAGCGAGAGAGAGCGAGCGAGAGAGAGAGCUUCAGACCCGUUGAAUCGAGUUUACGUGCUCUCCUAUUUCAGUUGUCUCUUAGCAGUAAGAGGACUUGUUCGAAGCAGGCGGUUUUACCGCUAAUCAUCUGCGGACUUUGACUGCGCUUUAAAACAUUAUUUCCUCCCAACUCGGAGCCAAUAGAGCAUAUAAAAGGAGUUGUUCCUCAAGUCCGCGGCAAUGGGGGAGCAGCCGAUCUACACCACCAGGGCCCAUGUCUUCCAAAUCGACCCCACCACCAAGAAGAACUGGGUCCCUGCCAGCAAGCAGGCCGUCACUGUCUCUUAUUUUUAUGACAGCACACGGAACAGCUACCGCAUCAUCAGCGUGGAUGGAUCCAAGGUGAUCAUCAACAGUACCAUCACGCCGAACAUGACGUUCACCAAGACAUCGCAGAAGUUUGGCCAGUGGGCGGACAGCAGGGCCAACACUGUGUUUGGACUGGGCUUUGCUUCGGAGCAGCAACUGGCCAAGUUUUCUGAGAAGUUCCAGGAGGUAAAAGAUGCAGCCAAGAUAGCAAGGGAAUCUCAAGAACAGGGGGAGACAAUGAGUAAUCACUCCCAGGAGUCUGGACGUGAGACGCCCUCAUCCAACCAGGCGUCCAGCCUUAAUGGAACAGAUGAUGAGAAAAUCUUUCAUGUUGGUCCGGAGGCUGCUGUGCUGAAGACUGAGAAUGAACGUCUCAAGAGUGUAGUAGAACAGAGCAACACCAACGCCAAGAAGUGGGAAACGGAGCUGCAGACUUUAAGAGAAAAUAAUGCCAGGCUGGUGGACGCACUGCAGGAGUCCUCUGCUAAUGUAGAGAGUUGGAAGAAACAACUUAGUGCUUGCAAGGAAGAGAGUGACACGCUCAGGGAAAAGAUUGCAGAACUAGAAGCUCAGUGUAACGAAGCCAAUCAGGAGAAGCAGAAAAACGCCCAACUGGCUGUACGAUUGCAGGAGCUGGAGACUGAGCUGCAGGAAAAAGAGCAGGAGCUGGAGAAUCUGAGGAAGCAGGCAGAGAUAAUCCCUAAACUGAUGGCGGAGUGCGAGAGCAUCACCGCAAAACUGCAGACUGCCGAAACAAAGAACAAGGAACUGGAAGGGAGGAUUGGAGGUCUUCAGCUGGACAUAGACGACAGUCAACACAAGCAGGGAAACAUGAAGAACGAGCUGAAGAAGUUCAUGGAUUCGCUGGAUGGAAAGAUAGACGAGCUGCAUGAGCUCCGGCAGGGGCUCUCCAAGCUAGGUGUCGAUAACUGAGUAAAGUGGCCCUGAGCUGAAAGGGUCAGAGUUCAGGUACGGAGGAUUCACUACAGUACGUCUUCAGGGCAGAAACUAUGUGGCACCUACUCUCCCGAGGUGAUGUCCACUAAGACGCUAUCAGCUUUGGCUUCUAAUAAACACUACCAUGUGUGAGAGAGAUGUUUUUGGAGAGGGAGAGAGAGACUGGCAGGAGGAAGGCCAGCAUGCUCCACCAAAUGGCUCCUUUUUGUGUGCUGGCAUUCUGAGACUAAAUCAAGAGUCACACUUUGAGCUUUCUUAUCUGUUUCUGUGGGGUGGGUUGGGGGGACUACUUAAAAAAGCUGGUGGUGGGUUCUUAGAUUCUGUACAUCGGUCUUUUUUUCUGAAGGCUGCAGCACUUCCUCUAAGGCAGUCUGAGCUUAGAGUAGAAGAGGGAACUAAAAAAGGGCUAAAAUAAAUAACACACAAAGACGAUGCUGUUCAGCAUCACUCAAGUAAUAAUUGGUGUUAAGCCCUCUCAGAGAAUUAGAGAUGAAAUCUUUCUACAGACUGUCCUUGCUGUUGCCUCUCGUCUAUCUCAGGUGUGUUAGAAGACAGUUUAUACACAUUAGAUUUUAUGCACAUAUGUGACAGAUGGCCGUGACACAAAGUGCCUCCAGGUGAGUGUAAAUCCACCUGGCAAGGAGAACUGGCCAAGCGAUGACCAUCACCAUGAUAAUACCUUUUUGUGAGAGAAUGAUGACAAUCCAACAUUCUCACUGAUAAAAUGUGAUAAGAAGAUAACACAGACAUGCAAGCCCAUCCUGAGGACGUUAACGUGGUGAUAAACUCAAAGAACAAAACGGUUGUUUGCACAAAAACCAGUCCAAGGAGGGACUGCAGGAGGUCAUCAACUCUCUUUUGGGUGUUUUUCCAUAAAGUCUAGUCUUUUUUUUGUUAUGUUUGCAUUAAGAGGGAAAUUGUUCUUAUCUCAGGAGCUUUCCUUCAAAAACAUCAAAAAAUAUUAAUAGGAACUCAAAUGUUCCCAUGAGUCUAGUGCAGUGUUCAGAGGACUCUGUGUGUUCAGUAGUGUUGUUGUCCAUAUGUAGAACAAAGAUGUCUCCAAGGCUGUUGAUGUGCUUCCUACACACUAGUCUUUGUUAUGGUGGUGGUUGUUUUUGGGUGAGGGGACUUGGUGCUGCUCAAUAGGUGAAUAAUGUGAAAGUGUACUUUUACAUGGCAUCUACACAGGGUCUCACUACAAACCCUGUCAGAUUCUUGGUUUUUGUUUUACAUAUUUAUUUAUUUUGGUGCCUCUCUGCAAGUAGUGUUUCUAGAACAUACCAAGUGAAUCAACCGUAUCCUAUAAUGUCUCUAUAAAUGUAAGAUAAUAUAUAAACUAUACCAAACUGUCAGGAUUCAGAGGUUUUAUAAUUGAGGAUUUGUUUGCAGCUGCUUUUGGGGAAGUUGAUUUUGAAACAUGGCACAGUACAUUGGAAAUGGGAGGCAUAUGUUGCAGUGGCACAUAUACUAUGAUGUUGUAAUAAUUCUAUAUUUUUUCAUCACUGUUUUGAUCUGUGAAGGGACAUUUUGCUUCUCUCUCUGUUUAACUCUACUGUUCAUUAAUCACCUGGAAUACAAAGUAUGAUCCUUCCUUUUGAACCAAUGCCUCCUGUUCAAUAUUGUACAAUAGAACUGACAAUUGUUAAAAUUUAGUUUAAUUACAA